CUGGUUGCCGGAUCUGACGCGGCCGAGAUAUCCCAUCCAGGAAGAAAUUCUUCACAUGCAGUGGCGGAACCAGAACAUCAAAUGGCACGGGGCAAAGGGCGCGAGCCCGGACAUCCUAGAGUUCGAGGCCAGACGCAUCGGCCGCGUGCUGGCCUGCUGUUCUUUCCCGGAUGCGACAGUCGACAUCAUCGACAAAUUCGCAUACAUGCUGCAGAAGGUUGCGCGCCCAGAGGAUGAGACUAAGGAGACGUCAAGUGCCCAGACAUAUAGACCGACUGUGCGUCAGGAUGUAUGCGAGACUUACGCUGAUUUCGAAACUGUCUUUUCAAUGGUCACAUCAAAGUCAUCUCUGCUGUCGAUACUCGUCGAUCCUCCAUUGAAAAGUUACGAUGCCCGGUUGUUCGACUACCUCAGAAACCCCGGGGAGGAUUUGUGGUCAGACCUCCAAGCAGCAGUACGGCGCGCGCCCGGUGCGCACACUCCACGAUCAAGAGCCACGCUACGGCGCGCCGAGAUAGUGGCUGAGGCCUUGCGAGGCAAGUCGCUCAUCGUGCUCGAUGACGGUCGGUCCGGCAUGUGUGACAACAGAGUCCGCGUUGGCGAUGUGGUGGUCCUAGCUGAUGCGUUCCGAUGUUGCUUGCUCCUUCGGCCUACUGACACGGGAAGGUUGAGAGGCGAGACGAGCAACGGAAUUGAGGAUGGACAAGAGAAUCUGGCCCACGUUGGAAGUCGGUACCGCUUUGUGGAUUGCCCGCCGGUGAUGCAAGGCUUAACUGGCGCACUAAUCUACGAGUGGGGAUCGUUCGAUGGGUUGCCUGAGAUAGUUUACGAAACCAUUCAUUUGAUCUGGGCAAUUACUACACGGGCAUGAAGAAUUGCUACCCGGGCAUGACUCUUACACGGGCAUGACCUUUUGCAGCCUCUGAUUGG